CCUGUUCCUGGAGCUGCGCAUGCCCAAGCUGUGCAUGGGCUUGUGUCUGCCUGUGCCCAAUAGCACUGUACAGAGGGCUGGAGAUCAAGGCACACUUCCAGAAACAGGUGGAUGGAGAAGGUCUAAAUGGACUGGCGGUAGAUGUCUGGAGAGAUACAUGGCCGGCUCCCAAGAGGCGCAAGAACAGCUUGGUGUUGGAUGCUCCAGCACGCACCUCAGACUUCCCUUUUCUCACCAGCGCAAACUGAUUUUUUCUCUCUAUUUUUUUGACUGGCUUUGGUGGUAGCCAUUUGGCCCUCCUCUUUCACCCCCUACGAUGGUGAGGUGGUUUCACCGUGACCUGAGUGGGCUGGAAGCUGAGGCCUUAUUAAAAGGACGAGGUGUCCAUGGGAGCUUUCUGGCCAGACCCAGUAGGAAGAAUCAGGGGGAUUUUUCUCUUUCAGUUCGGGUUGGUGACCAGGUAACCCACAUCCGCAUCCAGAAUACUGGCGAUUUCUAUGACCUGUAUGGAGGUGAGAAGUUUGCCACUUUGUCAGAACUAGUGGAGUAUUACACGAAGCAACAGGGCUCGCUGCAGGACAAGGAUGGAACCGUCAUUGACUUGCGAUACCCACUCAACUGUUCUGACCCCACUACAGAGAGGUGGUACCAUGGGCAUCUGUCAGGCUCUGCAGCUGAGUCACUUCUCCAGGCCAAAGCCACCCCUUGGACCUUCUUGGUGCGGGAGAGCCUCAGCAAACCUGGGGAUUUUGUCUUGUCUGUCCUCACUAACCAGCUUAAACCUGGUUCUGCUGCUCCAGCAACUGGGGCAACCAGUGCCUCUGGGGCCCCACUCAAAGUCACGCACAUCAAGAUCAUGUGUGAGAAUGGACGCUACACAAUUGGAGGUGCUGAAAUGUUUGACAGCUUGGCAGAUCUAGUGGAGCACUACAAGAAGACUGGAAUUGAGGAGGUGUCUGGCUCCUUUGUGUACCUGAAGCAGCCCUACUAUGCUACGAGGGUGAAUGCUGCUGACAUUGAGAACAGAGUGCAGGAACUGAACAAGAAGAGUCUAUCUGAGGAGACAUCCAAAGCUGGAUUCUGGGAGGAAUUUGAUAGUCUGCAAAAACAGGAAGCUAAGCACCUGUUUGACCGUCAUGAGGGACAGAGACCUGAAAACAAGAGCAAGAACAGAUACAAGAACAUCUUGCCCUUUGAUCACUCCAGAGUCGUCCUCCAAGGAAGAGACCCAAAUAUCCCUGGAUCUGACUAUAUCAAUGCCAACUAUGUCAAGAACAACCUGAUCAGCCCAGAUGAGUGCACCAAGACCUACAUUGCUAGCCAGGGUUGCCUGGAUGCCACAGUCAAUGACUUCUGGCAAAUGGUGUGGCAGGAGAACACACGUAUUAUUGUAAUGACCACACGGGAAGUAGAAAAAGGGCGGAACAAAUGUGUGCCUUACUGGCCAGAGGUAGGCAGCACGAAGGAAUACGGUGCCUAUCUUGUGGAGAACGCCGGAGAGCACGAUGCAUUGGAGUACAAACUCCGACACUUCUGUGUGUGCCCCAGGGAUAAUGGUAAGGCUGUGCGUGAGAUCUGGCAGUACCAGUACCUGAGCUGGCCCGACCAUGGUGUACCCAGCGAGCCGGGAGGAGUGCUCAGCUUCCUCGACCAAAUAAAUCAGAAGCAGGAGAGCAUCCCCGAUGCAGGGCCUAUUCUGGUGCAUUGCAGUGCUGGGAUUGGCCGCACUGGAACGAUCAUCGUCAUUGAUAUGAUAGUGGAAACAAUCUCCACCAAGGGGCUCGACUGUGACAUUGACAUCCAGAAGACCAUCCAGAUGGUGAGGGCCCAGCGCUCAGGGAUGGUGCAGACGGAGGCCCAGUACAAGUUCAUCUACAUGGCCAUCUGCCAGUUCAUAGAGACAACCAAGAAAAAGCUGGAGGUUAUCCAGUCUCAGAAAGGCAAACCAAAUGAGUCUGAGUACGGGAACAUUGCCUACCCCCCUGCGGUGAGGAACGUUCAUGCCAAGGCUUCACGAAAAUCCUCCAAGCAGAAAGAAGAGUCAACAGUUUAUGAGAACUUGGGGAAAAAGGAGGAGAAGGUGCCGAAGCAGCGCUCCUUGGAGAAGAAGCUGAAAGGCUCGCUAAAGAAAAAAUAGGAUACAUUUCAGGUAGUCCCAUGGGGAGUUUGAACCCAGGCUGCAGGACUGGAGCUCAUGUCUGGACUGGCCUGUCUCGCAUUCCUUGCUUUUGGACUGGAGCUAGGCCUUCCUGUUCUCGUUUGUGCCACUCUUCAGUGCCCUGAACCAGACCACUUUCCAGCUUAGCUGGCUGACUUCACUGUCCCUCGCCUGAGACGGGCAGUGAAGCCUCCUGCUGCCCCUUCAUCAAACAUUAACAGAGGAAGAUUCACCCCUUUCUUUCCCUUGCCCUCUGACUGCUGGGGCCCAAACUCACCUCUGCUGUGCCAGCUUCAGCAGGCUUCUUGAGGAACAGCUAAGGAAGGUAUUUACAGGAGCUACAUCUCUGCCCACUGCUGUGAGUUAAGAGUUUAGCCUGCUAGUGUUCCCCGAAGCCUCAUCUUUUAAAGUCUGGAGGUUUUGGUGCAUUUCAGCUUAGCUCCUCUGUAACUGAACAGGAAACUUCCGCCUGCCUCAAUACCCUUUGAUGUACAAUCCUUUUUCUACUUGAUCCUUUGGUUGGAUGCUGUAAAUAUACCAGAAUUUGAUGUGACAGCCAUGUUUUCUCUUUUGUUUGUAAAUAAACACAUAUUUGUUUGAA